CAAAGGGAGCACUAUUGCUUAGAUGCUCAUAUUAGGCUAAUGCGGGGAGGGGAUAUUGGGCAACAAUUGGCGUGGAGGAAAGGUUGAAGUUGAUUUUAAUCAAGGCAACACGGAGACAAUAGCGACAGCGGCAGAGGUGAUGAUGGCGUCGCCAUCAGCUGGUGGAUGCAGUGGCUGCCUUGACUGCCUGCAAGAUAUUGUGCGAGCAUUUUCGAUGGGAUCAUGCCUGACAUUAGAGCAACGGCCAGUCGUGCUUGAUAGAGCCACGCACAAUGGGAGAGAUGGAAAUGUGAGGAAAGAGGAGGUGCAUGGUAGGUUAAUAGGAAAUGGAGUGGGUAAUUUGUCUUGCAUGUUCACACGACAGGGAAAGAAGGGUACCAACCAAGAUGCCAUGGUUGUCUGGGAGAAUUUUAAUGGAAGGUCAGACACGGUUUUUUGUGGAGUUUUUGAUGGCCAUGGUCCGCAUGGCCAUAUUGUAGCAAGGAAAGUUAGAGAUACUCUCCCUUCGAAGCUGCGUGAUUUCAUAUAUGAUGACUUUGGGGAGAGCCCCAUUUGGAAUUCAGAUGGUUCAAUUCUAGAAGAACCUUUAUCUCCGUAUGCAGAUGAAGAAGACAAGUCUCCAAUGUCUCUACCGAAAGAACCACGUCGGGAAUUCUUUUUCUCAAUGAAAGAUUCAUUCCGAAAGGCUUUUAGAGUAAUAGAUAAUGAACUUAAAUUACAUCGGAAUAUCGAUAGCAUUUGCAGUGGAAGUACAGCAGUUACUUUAAUCAAGCAGGGCCAGGAUCUUAUUGUUGGGAACUUAGGUGACUCUAGGGCUGUAUUAGGAACCAGAGAUCAAAACGGCCGUUUGGUUGCUCAUCAAUUGACAGUUGAUUUGAAACCCGAUCAUCCAAGAGAGGCAAGGAGAAUCAAACGAUGUAAUGGAAGGGUUUUUCCUCAUCAGGAUGAACCAGAUGUAUCUCGCCUUUGGCUUCCUAAUUGUAACUCCCCUGGUCUAGCAAUGGCACGAGCUUUUGGUGAUUUUUGUCUCAAGGAUUUUGGGUUAAUUUGUGUGCCUGAAGUCACCUAUAGGCAAAUCAGUAAGAAGGAUGAAUUGAUUAUCCUUGCUACAGACGGGGUAUGGGAUGUCUUGACCAAUCAGGAAGUCAUGGAUGUUGUUGCUUCAUGUUCUGAGCGUGCUGCUGCAGCUCGUUCUAUUGUUGAUUUAGCAAAUCAGGCAUGGAGGUUUAAAUAUCCAACGUCCAAAACUGAUGAUUGUGCAACAAUAUGUCUUUUUCUCGACGUAGAGGACAAUGCUACUAGCUUAUCAGUGUCUUCUGUUACUAGCAAAGGAACUGGAUCAAGUCAAAGGACACAAGCUCAGUCAAGGAAGCCCAAGCUCCAUAAGAGCAGUGUAAUACCUGAAGAUGUGGAUGAUGGAUGUGAAUCAAAUAUAAGUGGAGAUGAAAGGUCCUUGGAGAGCUUCACGAGGUUGAACACACUACUGGCACUACCAAAGUUCGGUGAAACAAGUCCAGAAAUGAAAUGAAACUUAUUUCCUUUGCAAUUAGCACCAUCAAUUGAUGUCUAAGAAACAAUCGACGUACAUUAUGAAAACAUUUUUCUUUUAAAGAUAUACCAAACCUUCGUUUCAUCGACUGUAUUUUGGUAGGUUGCCACAAUUCAACAUAUUCUGUGGUUUCCUAUAUCAAUUUAAAUCAGAUGGAUCACCAUGAAUGGUGUUAAUCUUGCAAGGUUGCAUUUAUUUAUGAUGAGUGUCCAAUCUCUAGUCUAUCUAGCUUCCUAUCCAACAGAUGUAAUAAAGGAUUUGUUGCUCUUUCUUCC